UCAGUUAGUCUGUAGCUGUUGCCAUUGUGCAUACGACGUUGAUACUUGUGUCUGUUAUGACGGCGUUCUAAACUCGUGCUUUCUUUCCGAAUACUUCAAACAUUUUAAUCAAUCAUGUUCGAUAUCGACGAAUAUUACAUAGCCGUUCUUCGAUUAGUGAAGGAAGCUGGCUCGAUCGUGAGGGAAAAAAUUAACCAACCUAAAGAUGCAAUGACGAAAUCCUGCGAAGUUGACCUUGUCACUGAAUGGGAUCAAAAGGUCGAAAAAUUACUAGUCGAUGGAAUCUCCUCCAAAUUUCCGGAUCACAAAUUCAUAGGCGAAGAGGCAACUUCGCUUGGGACUAAAGUUGAACUCACGGAUGCUCCUACAUGGAUCAUUGAUCCGAUUGACGGCACAAUGAACUUCGUGCAUAGUUUGCCCCACACUUGUAUAUCGAUCGCACUGCUUAUUAACAAGACUCCCGAAAUUGGUGUAGUUUACAACCCGAUUUUGGAGCAAUUCUUCUCAGCCCGUAGGGGUCAAGGUGCUUUCCUGAAUGGAGCUCCCAUUAGGGUUUCAGGAGAGAAAGAAUUACGUAAAGCUCUUGUAAUGAUGGAAAUGGGCACAAGCAGAGAUACAGAGAAGAUGAAAAUUGUAUUGGAAAAUGCGAAUAAUCUUACUUCACAAGUUCACGGAAUACGAGCUCUGGGAUCUGCGGCUUUAAACAUGUGCAUGGUUGCUCUCGGUGGAGCGGAUAUUUCUUUCGAGUUUGGUAUCCACGCGUGGGAUGUAGCAGCUGGUGAUAUCAUUGUAAGAGAAGCCGGUGGAGUGUGCAUAGAUCCAGCAGGUGGGCCGUUUGACGUCAUGAGCAGAAGAGUUCUAUGUGCGUCAACAAUGGAGUUGGCACAAGAAUUAGCCAAAGUAUUAGUUCAGUAUUAUCCCGAACGUGAUUAAAAAUUAUAAUGUGUAUGGAAAAUAUCAUAAAAGGAUAUCUUCGAAAAGAGGCCUUGCUACAUACUGAAUUACGUUAUCACGUACAUCUUUGAUGUAUAUAAACAUCUGUAUUGCGUACCUCUUUCUUUUUAUAAAAUUUAGUUUCAAUAAUAAAACACAGAUCAUUAUACUCUUGUUGUUUUCGUAAGCAUUUAAGGUUUACAAAUCAAAACAAAUAUAAACAUUUACGAAAGUGUAACUAUUUAUUAAGACAUUUACAUGAAUGUUUGAGACAAAAUUUGCAAUCUGUGUAAAAGAUACAUAUUCAAUGAAUGGUAUGUAACAAUACUGUAUAUUGAAAUCAGAGGUAUAUGAAUGUGAAAGUAAUUAUGAUUUUUAUUGAAAUAUAAUGUGUAAUAAAUUUAACUGUGCCAUUAUACAAUCA